AUGAUUGAUUUGAAAUGUUCUCCAUUGGCGGUGGUUCUGGUUUGAUUGAAGACCUUCUUGAUGCCCUAAAUUCCAGUGGCAUUGCGCUAAAAUGUCAGCUACUUUGGCACCGUUCGAGCGGCCGAGGGUCGGAGUUACGAAUACGGUUUUCAAGAGUGGACCACUUUUCAUAUCUUCAAAAGGGAUAGGUUGGAAGUCAUGGAAGAAGCGCUGGUUCAUCCUUACACGUACAUCUUUGGUUUUCUUCAAAAAUGAUCCUAGUGCACUUCCUCAGAGAGGUGGUGAAGUAAACUUAACUUUAGGGGGCAUUGACUUGAACAAUUCAGGGAGUGUGGUUGUUAGGGAGGAUAAAAAACUGCUGACUGUAUUGUUUCCUGAUGGACGAGAUGGGCGUGCAUUCACCCUUAAGGCUGAGUCCUCAGAGGAUUUGUAUGAGUGGAAGGCAGCACUAGAACAGGCUCUUGCACAAGCCCCAAGUGCUGCCCUAGUCAUGGGGCACAAUGGAAUUUUCCAAAAUGACACAAAUGACUUAGUGGAAGGAUCUCUACAACAAUGGAGAGAGAAACGUGCUGUCAAGUCAUUAGUUGUUGGAAGACCGAUUUUGCUUGCACUAGAAGAUAUAGAUGGGGGAGCAUCCUUUCUUGAGAAGGCUCUACGUUUUCUUGAGACGUUUGGAACGAAAGUAGAAGGAAUCUUGCGGCAGUCUGCAGAUGUGGAGGAGGUUGACCGAAGGGUUCAAGAAUAUGAACAUGGUAGGAAUGAAUUCAGUACUGACGAGGAUGCUCAUGUUGUUGGUGACUGUGUCAAGCAUGUUCUGCGGGAGCUACCCUCAUCUCCAGUUCCUGCAUCCUGCUGCACUGCACUACUAGAGGCAUACAGAAUUGAAAGGAAGGAGGCUCGGGUAAAUGCUAUGCGGUCAGCAAUUUUGGAGACGUUUCCAGAGCCAAAUCGGCGAUUAUUACAGAGAAUUCUGAAAAUGAUGCACUCUAUUGCUGCUCAUGCUUCUGAGAAUCGGAUGACUCCAUCUGCUGUUGCUGCCUGCAUGGCACCCCUAUUACUGCGUCCACUUUUAGCCGGUGAAUGUGAGUUGGAGGAUGACUUUGAUGUGAAUGGUGAUAAUUCUGCUCAGCUUCUGGCUGCAGCAAAUGCUGCAAAUAAUGCUCAAGCUAUUGUCACAACUCUUUUGGAGGAGUAUGAGAAUAUAUUUGAUGAUGAUAAUCUAAACAGGUGCUCCAUUUCAGCUGAUUCUCAAAUAGAAAACAGUGCGAGUGAGGACUCGACUGAUGAUGAAAAUGUGGAUCUGAAAGGCAAUGGAUUUCAUGAUGCAGAAAAUGAAGUUGAUCCAGAGAUGAAUGGCAAUCAUGACCGUGUACUCAGUGGGAAAUUGAGUGAAAGCAGUGGUUCUGCUGCUAGUGAUCUCUAUGACUAUAAGGCAUUUGGAGGUGAUGAUUCAGAUGUUGAAUCCCCUAAAGAAAAUUACACUUCAGAGACAAAUCUGACGGAACUUGUAGAUUCUCACAAGUCGCUUGGAGAUUCCUAUAUUCAAUUUAAUGAGCAGCAAGGAAUAUUCAGAAAGGGAAGUGAUAAAAACUCUAUGACAGAUAUGGAUAUUCCUAGCAUUUUACCGGCCAGUGACUCUCAUCAAUCUAUGGGGGAACUUCUGUCUUCAAUGGAUCCAGGACUCCCUCUACCUGUGCCUGGACCUGAGCUAUGUGCAGAAAAGCCUGCUAGUAGACUAAGUGGAUCCAAUCUCAAUGUGAAGCGCUCAACCUUUUGGGAAAGAAGCAAUGCCAGAAAGCAUCCGUCCAUGGAGUCAUUUGACUCCUCUGGUGAGGAAGAGCUUGCUGUUCAGAGGCUUGAGAUUACAAAAAAUGACUUGCGCAAUAGGAUUGCGAAGGAGGCCAAGGGGAACGCAAUCUUACAAGCAAGUUUGGAGAGAAGAAAACAAGCUCUGCAUGAACGGCGUCUGGCUCUUGAGCAAGAUGUCUCUAGAUUGCAAGAGCAGUUACAAGCUGAGAGAGAUCUUAGAGCUGCAUUGGAGGUUGGUUUGAGCAUGUCUUCUGGACAGCUUUCUAGCUCACGUGGUAUGAAUUCCAAGACGAGGGCGGAGCUGGAGGAGAUUGCUCUUGCUGAAGCAGAUGUUGUCAGGUUGAAGCAGAAAGUUGCAGAACUGCACCUUCAACUAAGCCAGCAACGCCAGCAUCAAUUUGGGUCCCUCUCUGAUGCAUGUGAUCGCUAUCAACAUGUCCAAAAUCUUCAUUCACAACAGAAGUUUCUUCAACAAGAUUUUGACAUGAGCCUUGCUUUUGUAAAUCAUGAAAGGAAACAAAAAAGUGAGGAGAGCCCAUCAGGUGCGGAUUGGAGGAACAUCAAGGGUCAAGUAUUGCCAUCUGCUAAUAGUAGCAAGCACCUUUUCCGGAAGCAGUUUGUGGAUUUGUCAAGCCUAAGUGAUUCAAAAAGUGCAGAGGCAUCAGGCAUUUCUGUAGAUGAGCUUUGUGGCGUUGAUUCUGGCACCACUCCCUCCACAUCAAGAGUAGCAGAGGGGAUGGAAUAUCAGAGGCAUCCAUAUGCAGCAUCUUCAGCUUUGGUGGAAUUGACAACACGUCUUGACUUUUUCAAGGACCGACGCUCCCAGCUUAUGGAACAGCUCCACAAUCUUGAUUUGGGUUAUGGGACAGCCUCUUCACAAAGCUUGGCAUACAAACCAUCCUCCUCUCCAUGGAACAGUCCAAGAUGAUACAGUAUCUGUGAGAUAAGAGUUUCUUCUUGCCUUUGUAUAUCCUUGAUACUAUUGCUUAUAUAUCUGUUGUAAUAUGUUUUGAUUUAUUUUGAAAUCUUCCUUUCCUUGUAUUUCCCCCUUUUUUUUCUUUCCACUGCUGAGAAUGUCUUUUGAAGUGCCAUACUGGGUAAUAUUUUGUUUAUUUUUCUUUUCCUUUGUUUUCCACGUCAGAAUUGAUCUAAGCGUUAAGAAGUUUUCCCUCCUUGUGUGAUAGUUGCUUGGGGGUAAUUUUAUGAUAAUUUUUGGUACACUUUUUCGAGUACUGUGACGCAUCAAAUAGGAUAGUUAGAGCAGCCAACUUAGUUUUUAUGUAAUGUGCUAGCUCUCGUGUUCUAUGACCAUCUUGUAAUUAAUAUGGAAGAUGUCCAGUGUCUAGUGGAAUUUUCUGCU